UUCAAAACCGGAAACGGAAAUUGGAGCGCUACGCUAUCAACAAGCCUGGAAAACUAGCAUUUUGACGCCAGCGACCCUCUUUCGCCAAGUUGAGCUUAAUUGUAUCUAUUGUUAAUGAAUUAGUAAUCUUAUCGUUGUGUUUUACCUGCCUUGCUAGCUAAUGUAAAUUACAAAACUGGGUAGCUAACGGUAUCUUACCUCCAUCGUUAGCUUGGUUGGUAAUUGCUGCUGUUUUGUUGACGCUUAGCUGCAGAACAUAGAGCCCGAAGCUGUAACCUAGUGUUAGGGGGGCAGACUGACAAUGGCCGACCCUGCACGGAUCAAACCUGAGGCUACACCGGAGAGAGCAACUUCUGCCAACGAGGAGCGUCCAAACGUUAAACCGGAGGAAUCUGAUGAUGUGCCAACCACAGCAAAACCUGCAGAUGAAAACAAAGAUUCAUCCCCCCAAGAUCAGCCAAAAGAGGAGCUUAAAUCAGAAAUGGCUGCUGGGGAAGACGAGGAAGAAGGAACCUCUGGCCAGCCGUCUUCCAAAAGACUGAAGGUGGAGCCAGAGAAGAAGAAGGAGAAGCGGCAGAAGGUCGACGAGGAUGAAAUACAAAAGAUGCAGGUUUUGGUGUCAUCGUUUUCUGAGGAGCAGCUGAAUCGCUAUGAGAUGUACAGACGUUCUGCCUUCCCUAAGGCUGCUAUUAAGAGGUUGAUCCAGUCUAUAACAGGAUCAUCAGUGUCCCAGAAUGUAGUGAUUGCCAUGUCUGGUAUUUCCAAGGUUUUUGCUGGGGAAAUUGUGGAGGAAGCAUUGGACGUUUGUGAGAAGUGGGGAGAUACACCCCCACUUCAGCCCAAGCAUAUGAGGGAAGCGGUGAGGAGGUUGAAGAGCAGAGAUCAGAUUCCCAACUCUAAGCACAAGAAAAUCCUCUUUCACUGAGGCAUCGGUGCUUCAGAUUAUAUGGGAAAUAUGGACAGAUUACAUGUGGGAGACGAAGAAGAAUCAUUUGACUGAAGUAUGAACCUCUAAUUAUCAAUGUAAUGGUUGAUGAAACAUACAGUUCAAAUGGUGUGAAAUUAUAUUCAUGUAGUAUGGUUGUAUUUUAUACUUGAAAAUAUGAAAUGUCUCAUUUUUAUUUUCUUAGGUGGCAAAAUUGUGGCACCUUUGAAGUCAAAUGGUUUGAAUAAGAAAAAUGUGCAUUUUUUGGUUUUUAUGGCGUUGUGUACUCAUUUUGAUAAACAUUUCAAAAUGUUACUCCAUAAUGAGAGUAUUUUACUGUAUCACAUUACUCACACCAGUUUUAUUGCCAGGUGACCUGACAAAAGGUUGUACAAUUGUCUGGAUUGUUUUUUUCCCACAGAAUAACAGGAACAUUGUUUAUGACAAAAAAUGACUCAUCAUUCAGAUCAUCUCCGGAAUUGACUACGUUUGGCUGACAAUACUAAAAUAAAGGCGCUUUGAGGUUUGUUUUGAAAGAAGUACAAUUAUCAAGGAUAAAGUCAAACUGUGGAUCACACCAU